AUUUUCACCAACUUGCAAAUAAAUUGCACCAGGAAACAGUUGGUGAUAUUCAGUAAUGCCACCGUUAACAUCAUUGAAAUCCAUAGUAGAAUCACUUUGUGAUUUGAAAAAAUUACGAGAAGCACUGUGGUUGAUUUUAUCGCGUCCUCUCGAAAAAUACCAUUAUUGUCUCAGCUCAAAAGUUCUUCAGCUAUGCAUCGAGUUAAAAUCCAGAAAAUCAGGCCAUCUGAUUCACGGCCACCUCAUAACAAAUGGGAUUCCUCUAAACACCUUCCUUAUCACCAAACUGAUCGUAUUCUACUCAAAAAUUGGUGAUAUGGAAAGUGCUGGUAAACUGUUUGAUAGAAUGCCUAAGAGGGACGUGGUCCCCUGGACUGCAUUGAUAUCCGGGUAUUCUCAAAACGGGGAUUCAGAAAAGGCUUUGAAGAUAUUUUCUGCUAUGCAUAAGGAAGGCGUGAAAGCUAAUCAAUUCACUUAUGGGAGUGCAUUAAGUGCGUGCACGAACUUAAUGUGUUUGGAGAGAGGGAAGCAAAUACAGGGAUGUGUGCAGAAGGGUAGGUAUGUAGAGAACUUAUUUGUGCUGAGUGCAUUGGUUGAUUUGCAUUCAAAGAGUGGGAAAAUGGAGGAUGCUUAUCGUGUCUUCCAGUUGAUGGAGCAUAGGGACUUGGUCUCUUGGAACACAAUGAUUGGGGGAUAUGUGGUCCAGGGGUUCAAUGAAGAUGCUUUUUUAGUGUUCCGUAUGAUGCUCCGAGAAGGCAUGGUUCCAGACUACUUUAGCUUUGGAAGAAUUCUGAGUGCCUCUGUUGGAAGUGGUGGGCUCAUGAAAGUCAGCCUUCUUCAUGGAUACAUCAUUCAGCUCGGCUUUGCAUCGCAUACAUCUUUGUGCGGAUCCUUAAUUGAUGCCUAUGUAAAAUGUGGAAGCACAACCAGUGCGAAUCAAGUAUACAAGUUUAUGCAGUACAAAGACAUAAUAUCAUGCACUGCAUUGAUCACGGGGUAUGCUCGUGAAGGUACAAAUAGUAUUGAUGCGUUGGAACUUUUCAGUGAUGCACAUAGAAAUGUGGGAGUUGAUGAUGUCUUGUUGUGUUCCAUGCUCAACAUUUGUGCCAAUAUGGCAUCACUGAACUUGGGAAGACAAUUACAUGCUAUGGCAAUGAAAUAUCAGAACCAGCAUGAUGUGGCCAUAGGCAACGUCCUCAUUGACAUGUACUCAAAAUCAGGAGUACUUGAAUUCGCCAGACGCGUUUUCAAUGAGAUGGAGGAGAAAAAUAUAAUUUCAUGGACAUCGCUAAUCACUGGUUAUGGUAAGCAUGGCUAUGGACACCAGGCAGUUGCACUCUAUGAAAAGAUGGAAGAUGAAGGAUUGAAGCCAAAUGACAUAACAUUCCUGUCUCUUCUGUUUGCUUGUAGCCACAGUGGUUUAAUUGUCCGAGGAUGGGAAUGCUUUAGUAAUAUGGUUAGCAAACACAACAUCUUGCCGAGAGCUGAGCAUUAUUCUUGUUUGGUGGACCUUUUUGCACGCACAGGUCGUUUGGAAGAAGCUUAUGAUUUAGUAUGCAAAAUGAAUGCCAAGUCUAAUCCCUCACUUUGGGGUACAAUUCUUGGUGCAUGUAGCAUCCAUGGAAACGUGAUUCUUGGAGAAAUAGCUGGUAAGCGUCUGUUUAACAUGGAGCCUGAGAACCCAGUGAACCAUGUGGUUCUAUCAAGUAUUUAUGCUGCAGCUGGCUUGUGGGACAAUGCAGGGAAGACACGAGAAUUGAUGGAAGAGAAAAGUUUGUUGAAAAAUACUGGGUGCAGCCUAUUUCAAUCCUUGAUUACGAACAAUGAUCUUCUGCAAACGAGUUGAAGUAAAAAAAGAAUUCACAGGUGCUACAUUUCCCCCUUACAUUUUGGAUGACAUUCCUCCAUGUAGAUGAGAUCUGGCCAUUGAUGGAAAAAAGUGGUGUUUAAAUCAAUGUAGAAAAAAUUGCCACCUUAAAAAAUGUCAAAACUUAUUUCAAAGUUGUACCUAUAGCAGAAGUGAUUUCAAAUAUGUAGAUUAUAAGGGAGAAAGUGAGAAUUUUAAGAACCAUCUUCUGGCUGA